AUGUCGUUCUCAAAGCGCGUCGCGCGAGAGUUGCGGGGGUCGAGAGGGUGCGCGAUCGCGCUGGUGGCGAUCGCGCUCGUGGCGCUCGUCGGGCUCGGCGGACGCGGGGACGGAUUCGGCGAGACGGUGCGCAAGAGCGGGCCUCUGAGCGCGUUCAGCAUCACGGCGAGAGUAGGGUCGAGUAAAGCUUUGCUGCGUUCGUGCGCGGGGAGCGGAAGCGGUGAGUUCGGGUCGGAGACGUACUUGGUGACUGGCGCCGCCGGGUUCGUCGGGUCGCAUGUCGCGACGGCGCUGAAAAAGCGAGGGAGCGGAGUCGUGGGGUUGGACAACGUGAACGAUUAUUAUCCUAGGGGGUUAAAGCGGACGCGAAUGGCGAAAUUGAGCGAGAUCGGGGUGCACGUGGUGGAGGCGGAUCUGAACGACGCGUCGACGGUGCGGAAGAUUUUGGACACGUGUCGAGUCACGACGGUUGUGCAUUUGGCGGCGCAGGCUGGGGUGCGGUACGCGGUGAAGAAUCCAGGGGCGUACGUGCACUCAAAUGUCGCUGGUUUUGUGACCUUGCUCGAGGAGAUCACGCGCACGACGCCGAUGCCCAAGGUGAUCUUCGCCUCGAGCUCGAGCGUGUACGGAUUGAACACAAAGGUGCCGUUUAGCGAGAAAGAUGUCACCGAUUCUCCGGCCUCGCUCUACGCCGCGACGAAGAAGGCGGACGAGCUCUUGGCGCACACGUACAAUCACAUUCACGGUCUCGCUCUGACAGCGCUUCGAUUCUUCACCGUGUACGGGCCGUACGGGCGUCCGGACAUGGCGUACUUUUCCUUCGCGAACAACAUCAUGAAGGACAAACCGGUUAAGAUUUUCAAGGGUCCGGACGGUGGAGAGCUCGCACGAGAUUUUACGUACAUCGACGACGUGGUCAAAGGAACGAUCGCGGCGUGCGAUACGAGCGAGAAGAGCGGAAAGGGUUCGGACGGAUCGAGGCCGCCGUUUCGCGUGUACAACCUCGGCAACACGCAACCGGUGACGGUGUCUGAUUUCGUCAGCAAGCUCGAGCGGGCGCUCGGAAAGACGGCGAAUCGUAACUACGUCCCGAUGCCCAAGACGGGAGACGUCCCGUUCACGCACGCGGAUAUUAGCGCGGCGAAAAAGGAUCUUGGAUAUAACCCGUCCAUCAGCCUGGACGAGGGACUGGACAGCUUCGUGCGCUGGUACUCAAAGUAUUACGCCGGAGGUGCGCACGCCGAGGACACAAACUACGUGCCGAUGUGA